AUGGCGAUACAUUUAUACAAAACUUCUACCCCGAGCACACGCAAUCGAACCGUAGACAGUCGAGUGAAAUCCAAUCCACGAAAUAAUUUGAUCUAUGGACAGCAUCGUUGUGGGAAAGGUCGUAAUGCCAGAGGAAUCAUUACCGCAGGGCAUAGAGGGGGAGGUCAUAAGCGUCUAUACCGUAAAAUAGAUUUUCGACGGAAUGAAAAAGACAUAUAUGGUAGAAUCGUAACCAUAGAAUACGACCCUAAUCGAAAUGCAUACAUCUGUCUCAUACACUAUGGGGAUGGUGAGAAGAGAUAUAUUUUACAUCCCAGAGGGGCUAUAAUUGGAGAUACCAUUGUUUCUGGUACAGAAGUUCCUAUAAAAAUGGGAAAUGCCCUACCUUUGACCGAUAUGCCCUUAGGCACGGCCAUACAUAACAUAGAAAUCACACGUGGAAGGGGUGGACAAUUAGCUAGAGCAGCGGGUGCUGUAGCGAAACUGAUUGCAAAAGAGGGGAAAUCGGCCACAUUAAAAUUACCUUCUGGGGAGGUCCGUUUGAUAUCCAAAAACUGCUCAGCAACGGUCGGACAAGUGGGGAAUGUUGGGGUGAACCAGAAAAGUUUGGGUAGAGCCGGAUCUAAGCGUUGGCUAGGUAAGCGUCCUGUAGUAAGAGGAGUCGUUAUGAAUCCUGUAGACCAUCCACACGGGGGUGGUGAAGGUAGGGCCCCAAUUGGGAGAAAAAAACCCACAACCCCUUGGGGUUAUCCUGCACUUGGGAGAAGAAGUAGAAAAAGGAAUAAAUAUAGUGAUAAUUUGAUUCUUCGUCGCCGUAGUAAAUAG